CCUAUUAAUUAAUAGAUAAUUUGUUAUUGUAUUACUUUUCAACAUUGACUCUGUCCGUACUUGGAAUUCCACGGCAAAGACUUGUUUCGUUUGCCGGUUGAGACACUGAUUUCAUUCUCGCGCUCUUUCUCUCGCCAUCUCCGGUCUCUCUCCGACCAUCUUCAUCUUCUUCAAUCAUUCGACGAAAAUUUGUCAAGAAUACCAAAAAAAAACCGCCAUUUACAAGCACACGACAGCCGUUACCACCUAAAACAGUGAAAGCUUUUUUCUUGAUUUCCGAGCACACCCAAUUCAUCGGAAACUUCCCAACUCCGAAGCUAGGGUUUCAAAUUUCACCUUUUUGUUAAAGAAUUUGAUAAAGAAGGUUAAGUACAAUUGUGGGUUUUGAAGUUAGCACGGAAUUUGAUGGUUAGAACGGCGGAGACUUCACGUAGUCUUGUUUGCUUAGAAUGACCGGUGCUGCUCCACCGUACGAUCGGAGAGGGUUUGGCUAUUUUGGUAAAGCUCUCUCAUGGAAUGGCAGAUCUUGUGAGUUAUGGUAAUGUCGUGCGAGACAUCGAGCAGGCUCUAAUUGCAUUGAAGAAAGGUGCUCAACUGUUGAAAUAUGGUCGGAAAGGAAAGCCUAAGUUUUGUCCAUUUAGACUCUCCAAUGAUGAGACAUCUUUGAUCUGGAUUUCAAAUGGUGGAGAAAAACGUUUAAAGUUAGCAACUGUAUCUAAGAUUGUUCCAGGACAGCGAACUGCUGUUUUCCAACGUUACCUUCGCCCGGAUAAGGAUUAUUUAUCUUUUUCCCUAAUAUACUCCAACAGGAAGCGGACUCUUGAUUUGAUUUGCAAGGACAAAGUUGAGGCAGAGGUGUGGAUAGCUGGCCUAAAAGCUUUGAUAUCUGGUCAGGCUGGCCGCUCUAAAAUUGACGGCUGGAGUGAUGGAGGCCUUUCUAUUGCUGACAGCAGAGACUUGACAUUAAGCAGUCCUACCAACAGCUCAGUUUGUGCUUCUCGAGAUUAUAACAUUGCUGAGACUCCCUACAAUUCAACCGCUUUUCCCCGGACUUCUAGAACUGAGAAUUCUGUCAGUUCUGAACGGUCACAUGUGGCAUCAGAUAGCCCAAAUAUGUUAGUACGAGGACCUGGAUCAGACGUGUUCCGGGUUAGUGUUUCUAGUGUUCAAAGCAGCUCAAGUCAUGGUUCUGCUCCAGAUGAUUGUGAUGCUCUAGGUGAUGUUUAUAUAUGGGGUGAAGUGCUAUGUGAUAAUGUUGCCAAAUUCGGGGCUGAGAAGAAUGCUACUUGUGUUGGUUCAAGGUCUGAUGUUCUGAUUCCAAAGCCGUUAGAAUCCAAUGUAGUUUUGGAUGUCCAUCACAUAGCAUGUGGUGUUAGGCAUGCUGCUCUAGUCUCUAGGCAAGGUGAGGUUUUUACAUGGGGUGAAGCAUCCGGAGGACGUCUUGGCCAUGGAAUGGGAAAAGAUGUUACUGGGCCACAGCUUAUUGAGUCUCUAGCUGCUACUAGUGUUGACUUUGUUGCCUGUGGUGAGUUCCAUACAUGCGCUGUCACAAUGACAGGAGAGAUUUACACAUGGGGUGAUGGAACACACAAUGCAGGACUUCUCGGCCAUGGUACCGAUGUGAGUCACUGGAUACCUAAGAGAAUAUCAGGUCCUCUUGAAGGUCUUCAAAUUGCUUCCGUAUCCUGUGGACCAUGGCACACCGCUUUGAUAACAUCAACUGGACAGCUUUUUACUUUUGGAGAUGGGACUUUUGGUGUUUUAGGGCAUGGUGACAAGGAAACUGUAUUUUAUCCAAGAGAAGUUGAAUCUUUAUCUGGUUUGCGGACUAUUGCUGUUGCAUGUGGUGUAUGGCAUGCUGCUGCAAUAGUAGAAGUCAUUGUCACUCAGUCAACUUCAAGUAUUUCAUCAGGAAAGCUGUUCACAUGGGGUGAUGGUGACAAGAGCCGUCUUGGUCAUGGAGAUAAAGAGUCUCGGCUUAAACCCACAUGUGUAUCAGCUCUAAUUGACCAUACUUUUCACAGAGUUGCCUGUGGACAUAGUUUAACAGUUGGUUUGACCACAUCGGGAAAAGUUUACACGAUGGGUAGUACAGUUUAUGGUCAACUAGGGAAUCCCAAUGCUGAUGGGAAGCUUCCUUGCUUAGUAGAGGAUAAACUGAUUAAGGAUUGUGUUGAAGAAAUAGCAUGCGGAGCUUAUCAUGUAGCAGUUUUAACAUCUCGAAAUGAAGUAUUUACAUGGGGGAAGGGUGCCAAUGGGAGAUUAGGUCAUGGAGAUAUUGAGGACCGUAAGGCACCAAGUCUUGUCGAUACUUUGAAAGAGAGACAUGUAAAAAAUAUUGCCUGUGGUUCAAACUUCACAGCAGCAAUAUGUCUUCAUAAAUGGGUUUCUGGUACUGAGCAAUCUCAAUGUUCAGCUUGUAGACAGGCUUUCGGAUUCACACGAAAAAGACACAAUUGUUACAACUGUGGACUUGUCCACUGCCAUUCAUGCAGUUCCAAGAAAUCACUAAAAGCUGCUUUGGCCCCUAAUCCAGGCAAGCCUUAUCGUGUCUGCGAUUCAUGUUACUCUAAACUAAGUAAAGUGUCAGAAGCUAGUACUGAUAGCAGGAAGAAUAUUAUGCCACGACUUUCCGGUGAGAACAAGGACAGAUUGGAUAAAGCCGAGAUAAGAUUGGCUAAAUCAGGAAUACCAUCAAAUAUAGAUUUGAUCAGGCAGCUGGAUAGCAGGGCAGCUAGACAAGGAAAGAAGGCGGAUACAUUCUCUCUUGUCCGCACUUCCCAAACACCUCUAACUCAACUUAGAGAUGCUCUGACUAAUGUGGCUGACUUACGGCGUGGGCCACCAAAACCAGCAGUAACUCCAUCUGGAGCAAGCUCCAGAUCUGUGUCACCUUUCUCAAGGAGGUCUAGUCCUCCUCGUUCAGUCACUCCCAUUCCUUUGACGGCUGGUCUCGGUUUUUCAACAAGUAUAGCUGAGAGUUUGAAGAAGACAAAUGAACUUCUGAAUCAGGAAGUAGUCAAAUUGCGCGCCCAGGCCGAGAGUCUGAGGCACAGAUGCGAGGUCCAAGAAUUCGAAGUUCAGAAAUCUGUGAAAAAAGUAAAAGAAGCAAUGAACCUGGCAGCAGAGGAAUCUGCCAAAUCAGAAGCCGCAAAAGAAGUUAUAAAAUCUCUGACAGCUCAGGUCAAGGAUAUAGCUGCGCUGCUACCACCGGGUGCUUACAAAGCUGAGACCACACGGACAGCUAAUUUAUUGAACGGGUUUGAGCAAAACGGAUUUCACUUUGGUAAUGCAAAUGGACAGCGUCAAUCCCGAUCUGAUUCAAUAAGUGACACCUCACUUGCUUCGCCUAUGGCUCUGCCCGCUCGUUCAAUGAAUGGACUCUGGCGAAAUUCCCAGUCGCCAAGAAACACAGAUGCAAGCAUGGGCGAACUUCUAAGUGAGGGGGUCCGAAUCAGUAAUGGUUUCUCAGAAGAUGGUGACAACCGCCGAAACUCAAGAAGCUCAGCAGCCUCAGCUUCAAAUGCUUCUCAAGUGGAGGCGGAGUGGAUCGAACAGUAUGAACCUGGUGUUUAUAUAACACUAUUGGCCCUAGGCGAUGGAACUAGAGAUCUCAAACGUGUGCGCUUUAGCCGGCGAAGAUUCAGGGAGCAACAAGCAGAAGCAUGGUGGUCAGAGAAUCGCGAAAGAGUGUACGAGAAGUACAACAUUCGUGGUACUGAUAGAUCAAGCGUGGCAACAUCACCUAUAUCACAAUCUCAAUUCUAGACAUGAACCAAAAACAACGACGAAAGCAAAAGCUUAGGAAGCAGUUAGCCUUAUUUUGAUGAAUGUAGAGCUCCAUUCUCCGGCAUUGCACUGUAUAUAGCGAAUCUCUCGCCUUAUUUGCAAAUAGUUUGUCAUGAAUUUCAUGAUUGUUUAAACUUUAAACUAAUUGACUCAAAUCUGAUGAUGAUAACUAUUUUAUCUUGAAAAUGGUUAGCCAACUUCACUGCGCU